CACCAACCUCUGUUUGGCCCCUAGCUCAGUUGCAGCCGUUGCUGGAGCUGCUUCGCAACCCUUUUCAGGACCCAACCUACUGCAGCCGCUAUUCCCAGGAUGGUGAUCCGUGUAUAUAUUGCAUCUUCCUCUGGCUCUACGGCGAUUAAGAAGAAACAGCAAGAUGUGCUUGGUUUCUUAGAAGCCAACAAAAUAGGAUUUGAAGAAAAAGAUAUUGCAGCAAAUGAAGAGAAUCGGAAGUGGAUGAGAGAAAAUGUACCUGAAAACAGUCGACCAGCCACAGGGUACCCCCUGCCACCUCAGAUUUUCAAUGAAAGCCAGUACCGUGGGGACUAUGAUGCCUUCUUUGAAGCCAGAGAAAAUAAUGCAGUGUAUGCCUUUUUAGGCUUGACAGCACCACCUGGUUCAAAGGAAGCAGAAGCCCAGGCAAAGCAGCAAGCAUGAACCUUAAGUAUUCUGCCUUAAGCUUCCUGAAAAAUGAGUCUCCAUUACUUUCAUAGAAUAGCAAAAUUAUUUUGGCUUCAAAAACAGUAAGCUUAAUGUUGAAAUAAUAGAUUAGUUGGUGUUUUCACAUGCACACAAUCAAAAUGAAUAUAUAAUUAAAAUGUGAGCGUUAUGGUGAGGAGAAUGAGAAAUGAAGAUAAAAUUUUAGUAGAUAUAAUAGUGUUGUUAUCUGCUAAGGCAUUUUAUGUACUUUAGUCAUUUUGCAAAGAAAACACCCUUCACCUUCUUUUGGUAUUAUUAUUGCAGCUUAAGUUUAUCUGUAGCUCAACAUUGAGGAGUUUAAAAAGGAGAGAGGAGCAAGAGUAAGAGAGAGAGAAAUAAUCUGUCUCUUAUUCCAAAAUUGCCUAAUUUCAGUGAACAAGAAUGUGUACCUUUUUGAUGUGAUGUCAUUGUGAUUAAAAAGUACUUGCAGAUGAUGUUUAUAUGGUAAACAUUGUAAUUUCUGUGGUAAUUAUAACAUUCCCAUUAUUUUGUAGAUGAAACUUCUGUGUACUGAACCCCAAGUUUUCCAGGUUUCUAAAAAUAGCCUUUAAUUGCAUAUUUCAGUUAUCAGAAUAGAUGACUUCCUACCCCCCCAAAAA